GGGUGUAGGGGUAAACAUAUACUCACAAUAUUUACAAUCUCUUCCUUUCUAAUAUUGUGUUCGUUUUUUUAGUAGGUAAACUGAGAAACGAAACGAAACAAAACGAAACGAAAGAAUCAUGGGGCGUCGCAAAAUUGAGAUUGAGAUGGUGAAAGAUCCCAACACAAGACAAGUUACAUUCUCAAAACGGCGAACGGGCUUAUUCAAAAAAGCUAACGAAUUAUCGAUUCUGUGUGGAGCAGAAGUUGCUAUUGUUGUUUUCUCUCCGGGUAACAAACCUUACUCUUUUGGUCACCCUGGAGUUGACGUUGUUGCUGCCAAAUUUCUUCAACAAGAUUCUAAACCAAUUGAUUCCCAUGGAAAUCCCUCUUCUGAUUCUUCCAAUAUGGAAAAAUUGAAUCUAGAACUUGCUGAGGUUUUGGCUCAAAUUCGUGAAGGUGAAAAACACAGUGAGGCUCAAGACCAGAUCUUGAAACAACACAACAUUUCAAAACUUCAAUUACAAGAUUUGAGAGAUUCUUAUCAAAUACUUCAAGAUCGGAUUAAAUUACGUCUUAGUGAUAUCGAGAUUUCUGAAUACAUGAUGCUUCUUUCUCAGGAUCCCGUUGUUGGAAUUAAAACAAAAUCUCUCAAAAAGAAAAGAAGAAGAAAUUGAUACUUUGUAACGUCUACACAAAAUACUACUCAUCAAUAAACUCUUUAUUUUCAUCAAA